CGUGUGAUAAGCUUAUGUGAAGUAAUGUUUAAAUUUCUUGUACAUGUAUUGAGGAUGGUUUGAAUGUUGUAGUGUGUAUGAAAGGAAUGAAAAUUUUGGAAUUUUGUGUGAUUGGUAUUGAAGCCGUGUAGGGGCUGGUUUAGGAGAAUUAGUGGACUGGUUUAUUUGAUGCUUUAGUUGUUGUUGUUAUGGACGUUGUGGUGCAUUGGAUGCAUCGUGAAUAUGUGAGUUUGAGGUGUAAAACAAAUGGUAUAUGUUGAAGUAGAAAAACAGUCCAAACCGUGGAAUGUUUUAGUAAAAAGGAUGGGUUAAAUUUAUUUUGAAUGUUUAUUGUUAUUGUCAUGGGUUCUAAAAUGAGAAUGAGGAUAUUGAUGGUUAAAAAUUGGAGUUGAAGUCGUUAUGGGCUGUUGUAGAAGUUAGUAUGUCGUUAAUAUAGUUUCUUGCGAUUAUAUAAAUAAUGUUGCUAAACGUGUUGUUGUUAUUUUGGUUGAAGUUGGAAAUUUGCGAGUUGUACGGUAUGUUGGUCGGGCUGUUUUGAAUAAUGUACGGGCUGUCCGAAGUCCCCGCGAGUCAUGUUUAAAUAGUCUCGGGUUGAUACUUGAAUGCAUGACUAGCAAUAUUGGCUUAAUGGUAGUAGUUGGUUUGAAUACGAAUGAAACGUCGUCUAAUUGUUUAAAAGGGGUUAUUAACGUUAGAAUACGUAUUGAACUCCCUCGUAGCCUAAUCGUAGUUCUUGAUAUCUUGAUAUAGGAUAAAGUACUACUGGGCAGCGUGUACGAGUUGUAUUACGACUAAACGCUAAAGGGGGCUGCGUUUCAUGCCCGCAGGUACAGACGCUCGUUUCGGAGAUCCGCCAGCCUAGGGUACCUAUUCAGCUAUUUUGGAGUGCUCCUUUGUUCCGAAGCCUAGCUUUGUGUGAUGCCUCCAAAGAAGGCGACAGCCGCCCAGAAAGGCAAGUUAGUAGCCGGGGAGACCAGUCAGACCCGGAGGAUUACUAGGGCUUAUGCCCAUUCCAUGCCUGAGAUUAGGCUCCAGUCAGCAAGCUCCGCUACACCACCAUUACCAGAGGAGCCUAGGGAAACAGCAGCUGCAGAUCAGGGGACGGCUCCACCGCCAGCUCCUGGGGUUCUAGCAGCCGAGCCUCCAGCUCCCCAGCCAGGGGCGGAGGAUAGAGCUAUGAGGGACGCAGUUCAGUUAUUGACCAGGUUAGUGUCGGGGCAGGCUGGCAGGCACGGAUUUGGAGGAGACUAUGCGGAUAGACAUGAUAAUUUGAGGGUCCGUGAUUUCUUGACUUAUAAUCCCCUAUAGUUUUAUGGGUCAAAGCCCACAGAGGAUCCACAGGAUUUUAUUCGACAGAUGUUGCGUACGUUGAGGAUAAUUAGAGCUUCCGAAACUGAGUCUGUUGAAUUGGCUUCAUAUCGGUUGCGUGAUGUAGCGGUUAAUUGGUAUGAGUCCUGGGAGUUGUCUAGGGGUGAGGAUGCUCCCCCAGCAGUAUAAGACGCGUUCGUGGAGGCCUUUCUGGGCCAUUUUCUGCCUCCGGAUAUGAGGCGAGCUAGAGUUGAUAGAUUUCUACACCUGAGACAGAAUGGCAGAAGUGUUCGAGAUUAUAGUAUCGAAUUUGAUUCGCUGGCUAGGUACGCACCCACCAUUGUAGCUGACAUGGCUGAUAGGGUGCAUCGUUAUGUGAUGAGGUUGGAUCAUUACUUGAUUGAUAGCUGUAUGGAAAUGGCUUCUCAGCCCGGUAUGGACAUCGCUCGAGUGCAGGCAUAUGCACAGGGAGUUGAGGACCGACAUAGAGGGUGUCGACCUGAUAGAGAGCAUGACAAGGGUCAUCAUAAGAGAGUUAGAUCAGCUGGGUACUCUGGUGAGUUUCAAGGCGGGCAGCCCCAGCAGCAGCAUAGGAGAUAUCCUUCCCAGCCGACACGGAGUGCACCUCCACGAUUUACUGGUAGGAGGUUUGAUAGCACGGGGGUAUUCAGGAGCUGGGCAAAGCUCCAUGACUUCAGGUUUCCAGAUGCACAGGAAUUCAGGCCAGACGAAGCCAUCUAUACCUCAGUGCCCUCGAUGUGGCAGGCGCCAUCCGGGGGAAUGCCGUCUCAUUACUGGCGCUUGUUUUUCUUGCGGCCUCCAAGGCCAUACUAUGAGGGAGUGUCGAUUUGGGGGUGGUUCAGAUAGCGCAGCUCAGCCUACUGGAUCAGUUGCUGGUUCAUCCUCUUCGGUGGCUAUGCGCCCUAUGGGGCAAGGUAUUCCGACACCAGCAGGCCGUGGCAGAGGCCGUGGCAGAGUUUCCAGUUCUAGCGGUCCUUCAAACCGCAUAUAUGCUUUAGCUAGCAGACAGGAUCAGGCGGCGUCGCCAAAUGUGGUUACAGGUAUACUAUCGAUUUUCUCCCGAGAUGUAUAUGCAUUGAUAGACCCAGGCUCCACAUUAUCAUAUAUUUAUCCCUUUGUUGCUAGUAAAAUUGGGAUAAAACCUGAAUUUAUAGAACCAUUCGAGGUAGCUACACCAGUGUAUAGAAAUUGUUCGGUGGUCAUAUAUAAUCGUUGCACCAAGGCAGAUUUGAUAGAGCUAGAUAUGACUGAGUUCGAUGUUAUUAUGGGAUGGAUUGGUUAGCUUCUUGUUAUGCUAACGUUGAUUGUAGAGGCAAAGUAGUUCGGUUUCAGUUCCCAGGGGAACCAAUUAUAGAAUGGAGGGGGAAUACAGCAUCGUCGAGGGGUAAGUUUAUUUCAUACCUCAAGGCAAGGAAGAUGGUUAGA